UUUGUUGGCUACAGUCUAUUAGCCUAAUCCUGAUUUGUGCAGAAUGUUUUUAUGAAGAAACAAGUAUUUCCUGUCCACACAAGCAAACGAAAGUUCAGCUUUUUAGAUGCCAUGGAACAUGAGACAUCCUCUGGAAGGAGCCCUCUGUCUCUCUCAUUCUCUGGCAGUGGUUUUCUGGCUUUGUAUCAGAUUGGAGCAGUCAAAGCCCUCCUUGACCUGGCCCCAGAAAUAUUGAAGUCCGCACCACAGGUGUAUGGAGCGUCCGCAGGGUCUCUUGUUGCAGCUGCUGUGGUCUUCAAUGUCGAUCUAGAUGAGCUACAGAAAUUUAUCUUACAUGCAGCCAAUGAAGCUAGGAAAACCAUAUUUGGCCCAUUUUUUCCAACCUUUAAUUUGCUAGCAAUUUUACGAAAAGCUCUCCUCACUUUUUUGCCUGAAAAUGCACAUCAACUUGCAACUGGAAGACUCCAUGUUGCUCUCACACGUCUGUCAGAUGGAAAAAACAUACUGGUUUCUGAUUACACCUCCAAAGAAGAAGUCGUUCAGGUUCUUAUCUGUGGUUGUUUUGUUCCUUUUUAUUGUGGGUUUAUGCCACCUACAUUCCGAGGAGUGAGAUACUUUGAUGGAGCGCUUAAAAACUUCCAGCCUUUGUUUGAUUUUAAAUCUAUGAUAACGAUAUCCCCGUUCACAGGGGAGAUUGACAUUUGUCCAAGAGAUUGCCCGGUCAGCCAUCUAUGCUUUCAGAUUUGUAAUACCAGCUUCCAGUUCUCGGUCCAGAACAUGUGUAGAGUGGUCUAUGCUUUAUUUCCACCACCAGCCAGUGUACUGAAGAAGUUUUACUUCCAAGGUUAUAAAGAUGCAGUUGUGUAUCUGAUUUCCAAUGGCAAAAUCAAUCUAUGCUCUGAUAAAGGCUUCACAAAACCUGAAAAAAGACUAUGUGAAAUGAUAAUUGGAAAACAGCGUAUUGAACUGUGCAUUUAAGCCUCAACAUUUAGUGAAAAAGAAAGAAUUGGAUACAGCAGGAUGCAAUUCUUUUGUACAAACAAUGAUGCACAUUCAUUAUUUUGUAUCUCAUGAACAGUGGCGUACAUAGAGAAGUAAGGGCCCCAUAGCAAGGAUCAAACCAGGCCCGCCACACAGGACAGAAGGGUUUGUGCCUAAACCCUUUUCAAUGACCCUUGGGCCAUUUUUCCACUGCCUCAAUU